UGCUAUUCUUCCGCCUAACAUGACUUGGGGUACGUCUGUGGGAUCAUCUGAUGUUGACUGUUGUGUUUCAAAGGCCAUGUAGUGUCGUAAAUGUGAACCAAAUGUUUAAUUUCCCUUGUUUUAAGUUGUGUUUAGUGCUUGUUCGUUUUAUUUCAAUGUAAUAUAAUGUGGAAAUGUCACAAGUGCGGAAAACCCGUAUAUUUUGCGGAAAGAAAGCAGUCUCUGGGAUAUAAUUGGCAUCCGGAGUGUUUGCGGUGUGAAGAAUGUGGCAAGAGGUUAAAUCCGGGCCAGCACGCGGAGCACAAAGGAGUCCCUUACUGUCAUGUGCCUUGUUAUGGGGCCCUCUUCGGGCCCCAGCUGUUCGGACACGGGACCAGAGUGGAGUCCCACAAGAGUUUCGGCCUACAGAAAGACUUCCCCAAAAUCGGAAACGGGCCUUCGCUACCCAGGACCCAACUGGAGGCAAAACUAAAGGCGUACAACCAGUUCUUCGAAGGGAAGAGUGGAGAAGUUCGCAGUCGGGAAGUCAACGGUCGGUUGAUUUUGGAAGGCUCGUUGAGGAUACACUGGGGGGUGCAAGGGGUCAUCCAUUUGAAGGAAAACGACGACCAGAGAACGGUGGUCACCGUCAGGAAACGAAAUUCAUAUCGAAUGUCCGCAAGUACGGAUAAUGAUUCAGAUGAUGAUGUACAAAGCCUCUCACGUGAUACCAGUUAUAACGAUAUUUCUACAUGUUCAGAUGUUUCAACUAGUUUAGAUAUUAGUUUAAAGUCAGAUACUGGGAUUGAAAGUGGGGUUUCCACUGAUACAAGUACAGCCGAGAAUAGUCCAAUAACACCCCCUUUGGAGAUUUUACCGAAAAGUGUAACAUUGCCAUCGAAAUUAGAUGUUAAAAAUUUGGAAUGGGAUGAAUUGGAUGAGUUGUUACAAGUGGAGAGAAAAUUUGAUGAGUCUGAUAAGUUAUAUCAAACAAUGCCUGUGCCACUGCCAUCACAGUCUAGCACUGAUACGAGUUCUUCCACACAAAGCAAUGAUAGCAGUACAAAAACAGAAAGUUAUGCUGAAGACAGCAGUGCCGCCACCUUGGACAGCGAAACAAUGAAAAACCCCGUCGCAAACGGCUCCGCCCCCGACGAGCUUUCCCCGUUAAAAAAGCCAAUCAGUAAAGAUGAUACUUGGCUUGAGACCAGCAACCAUUUAAAUAGAUCAAUGUCGGGUCCGGAUUGUUUGGGACGAGUCCGGGAUCCACAUUCCCCGGAAUUUGAUAGAUCCUCAGACAUAUCAACAAUGUCGGAAGCUUUAGGCGAUGUUGUUAUUCGUCGACCUGCGAAAACUGGCUCAACAGCAAUCAGACGAAGACCAGGCAAAAGAUUGUCACGGAGUAAAGUGAAAAGAAGAUGUUCAAUAAAUGGUCAUUUUUACGACCGUGAAACUAGUUUUUUUACACCACCACAUGGGAGUCAGAUGAGUGUUUGGGUGACGUCGCUAGUCAAUACGCAAGAAGUUAUCAAUUUAAUGCUAGAUAAAUAUAAAGUUGAUAGUGAUGGGAGUAAUUUUGCGUUGUUUGUUGUUCGAGAUAAUGGCGAGCAAAGACGGCUAAAGGAGGAUGAAUAUCCACUACUGACACGUGUUUUAUUAGGGCCUCAUGAAGAUGUCUCCAAAUUGUUUUUAAUGGAUAGUCACAAUACUCCCGAAGUUAGUAGUGAAGUAGCACAAUUCUUAAAUCUGUCAUUAGCUGAAUGUCGGGCUAUUUUAAAUCAGUAUUACUCCCAAGAAGAGAAGGAAGUUGCGAGACUUAAAGACAAGUACCAAGAAAUGCGACGGAGGAUGCUAUAUCGAAUGGAUGAGUUAAGAUCUAGUUUAUAAUUUCUCUCAAGCUAGCUCUCUUUUUAAUAUUAUAAAAUCUCCACUUAAUUUCCCACUAUUUUAUGUAUCAUCGUGUGUUUUAUAUAUUUGUUAUACUUUUUAAACGCCUAUUGUUGCUUUUAGUUCUUUCAUUUCCUUAAAUUCACAUUAAUUUAGUGUCUUGCAAUUUUUAAUAAAAACUAAUAAAAUAUUCAUCAGGUCUAUAUUUAUGUAAUAAAAGUAAAUCUAAACAUAAAUGUAAUAUGAAGACUGUAAUAAAACAAUAAAUAAAAAUGAUUCAAUC